ACCCCGUAUUGGAAAAUGAAUGGAUGGAUUCACUAGUCUGCUUUCCUAGCGAAUUUACCCAGUGUCUUUUGAGUGUGUAAACUGAAAUAAUAUCAGUUAUUGGAUUGAAUGGACUGAAUAAAAUGCACUACAACAAUGACCUAAAAGGAGACAAGAGAAACCAGUCUUUUUAUAUACAGACAUAAAAGAUAACGUGUGCUACUGAUGUCUCCAAAAGUUCGUCUUUGCUAUUGCCAGUGUCUGCACAGGCUCACUUCUCUUAGCUGUGAUAGCAGCAGAGCAGAACCACAGGGAAAUGACAGCUCUUGCGAUUGUCCUGUGUUGAGCUGAGAGGUACAGUAUUUGCACACUGUGAGGAAUUCAAGGCUGUGGCUGAGGGCUGUGUUUUAAGAAUAUAUGAGCUGUGUUGAAAAGGUUCGAAACAGAAAGGUUAACUGGCUCUGCGUGGAAUGCAUGUGUGCUGUGUGCAUGUAAGUUAUUCUGAGGCUGCAGAGGCAAAGGUUUUUAACCGAAACCAGUCGUGCAGGAAAUGAAGUGUCACAUGUCUUUUUUUUCCAGAGGGUACUGCUUGUAUAGUACAUGAAUGUUAAAGAGAUAUUUUAAAUGUGGAUUUGGACAGAUAGUUUAGAAAAAGGUACAAUCUGUUUCAAAGCAGUUGUUCCUUUCAAUUUUGCAUAAUGUGGUAUCAGAAUUUGCUUGUGGUUGAAUGUUCAGAAAUUAUGGUACUUAAUGCCUGAGUUACCACUAUAAGAUCCUUAAAUAUACAGUACUGCAACUUGCAAGUGCACUGCGUGGAGUUAUAGAAAAUGAGUCUUAUUUAAAAAGAAAUCAUUCAGGUAAAAUAGAAACUGUAUACUGUCAGCAGCUGAGUAGUGGUUAGGACUCUGAACUCCAGACUGCAGAGUCAUGGCAUCCAAAUUCUGUGUGGUUCCAAAUACUGCUGUGGUUUUAACAAGGUGCCUCUUUCAGAAAAAGGGCACUCAAAUUUCACAGAAAUCGGUUGAUAUAAUAAAGUACAUGCGCUGUCACCACCCUAUGUGUAACCAACAUGAGGUAACUCCGUUUUGGCCUUACAGAUAUGUUAUCUUAAACCAGUUGUGACUUUUAGCACCUGAUCUCUCUGGGGGAAAUACAUCCCUGAAUUGUGUAGCAUCUUCUUCCAAUUCAAGGUUGCGGAGGAGCGAGAUUAUCCUGGCAACAAACAGGCAGAAGGCAGGGUUCACCCUGGAUGGGACGCCAGUCCAUUAUGGGACAGACACACAUUCACACCAGGUCCCAUGCUCCCAGAAGCUUAAUUAACCUACCAGCAUGUCUUUGGACUGUGGGAGGAAAGUGGAGCACCUGGAGGAAGUCAACAUGAAGACGACAAGAAGACACAAACCAGUUGCAGGCAUUCUUUUAGAUGGUCAAAAUAAUCCUUAAAUCAAGUCUCCUGUUCCUUUUAUACGGAUAAUUAUUCAUUUGUGCCUCGGGACUAAGGAGCUCAUACUAUUCAGAAAACAGUAUUGUGUGCUACACAGUAUGUUUUAGCAAGGGGUUUGUCUUCUUUGGCUCUCAGUUGCCUUGCAACCAGCAUAGUGCUUUUAGAUCCUAGUUUUAACUCUGGGAAAACCGGAGAGAAUCCUUUGUAGAUUAAAUGGAAACAUAUGCAAAACUGCAGAUCUUGCAGAAUUCCUGUUUUUCCAUCUAGCAUGCUUCAGGCAGGUGGCGGCUUUCUUUUUUGCUGACCUAAUAUACAAAGUAGACGAAGAGAUAUGAAAACUGAGAACAGUGGCAGAUAACAAUGAUCAGGAAUUAGGAACCUAUUAGGAAAUCAAUGACAUGCCAUGGCACGUAUAAUUACAGUUAUAUCCCAGCCUGCAUCGUACCAGCCCUGUGCUAAAUCCUAUAUAAACCAGAUGUUUUUCAUUCGGAAGGAGAUCGCUACAGUAUAUUGCAUAAUAGAGGCCAGACAGGAACCCAGUAAACACUACAGUAACGAGGCAAAUAUUUUCACAAUGAGCUGAGUGGUGGAAGAGGUAAUAAAAAAGGGUCUGACCUUGGAUUGUUUAUUAUGCGGCAGAGCAGCUAAAUGUUUAUCUUGGAAGCCAGCGUCGGUUGCAGUGACAGAAAACAUAGAAGACUAGGAGUUCAGAAUAAAGACUGAAGAGAAAUUUCACAGACCCAGUUCUGUGGAGAUCACUCAGGCUGUGCUCAGCAUUGGAAGACCGUGAUUAGGACAUAGUCGAAUGACAUGCAGCCCCAGAGGCAGGUGGAAAUUCUGGAUCAUUCCCACGGCUCCCGGAUUGUCUUCUCGGAUGACACCCUGAACGCACAGCGCUUCUACCCUUCUCCCCCUGCCCCCCAGCGCUGGACUUCUCGGUUCUCCCCAGGGGCAGCAAUGACAGAGAACUUUCCCAAACUAGAAGACUUCAUCCCCGCUCACCUCUACUCCGAUCCUGCCCAGGGCGUGGGGCUGUCACCAGGGCUGCCCACCCCACCCCUAAGCCCCUCCCACACUUCUUCCCCUGGUCACGGACAUCAGCCAGAGCCGCAAAAACUCAUGGAUACCAGUGUGGCUGGCUCCCUCACCCUCAACUUUGGAUUCAAUGACACCCUGUCCCAGUCAUCCAGUACAAGGGUAUCCCAAAAUGGUACUGACCAACACGUUCUCAAGACGCAUGGGACACUGCUGAAUGGCUCUGGCACAAUGCUGGGCACUGCAGGCUGGCGGGACAUAAACUCCGCCCCCUGGGGGGGACCUCCAGCACAGAUCCUGGGAAGCAACCCUGCCAGCGCCCUGGCACAGACUCCCAGCCUGCACCACAGCAGGCUGGCCUCCGAUGGAUUCCCCAACAGCAUCCUCCAGACAGGACAGGCCCUGGAGAAACUCCCACCCAGUUCCGAGCCAAGGACUCUGUCAGCUCAGAGACCGCCAGGCAACUCUGGGACCCUCCACACAGCGGAGAGGUGGGUGAAGUUUGCUGGCAUCGGGCCCGUGGAUGAAACAGGGAUGCCCAUCGCCUCCAGAUCGAGUGUGAACAAGCCCAGAGACUGGUACAGGAGCAUGUUCAAACAGAUCCACAAGAAACCAGAAGAGUUUGAUUUUGAUGACAGUGGGCCUCGUUCUCCUGAUGGGGAACCCUGUACCUCCAGGCGCCUCUCUCCUCUUGAGACGGUAGACAGACGCAGCUCGGACGGAGACCCCUUCGCCCGCACUCUGUACGGCUCCCUUCCUGACUGGAGUGAGCUGGGGCCUGGAAACACACAAACAGUCCAAGGCAAACAGCCCCCAGAGCCAAAGAGCAUAUUCGACUACGAACCAGGAAAGACUUCGACUCUGGGAAGCGAAAACCAGAAGGAAGAAUCUCCAAAACAUCUUUUGAAGGAGCCUCGCUUGCUGCCUAUAGAGAUCACCUUGGCCAAAGAGCUGAGGCAGUUUGAGGCCGAGCUGGACUCGGAGAUCCAGGGCCUUGAGAGGCGCCUGUCUCAGAAACGGGAGCGCCGAGGCCAGGGUGAGAGAGCGGGGAACAAUCAAAGCCCAGCUAAAGUCCAACCAGCAACCAACACACAGGAUAGCAGUCCUCUGACAACAGCCAAGCAACCAGAGACGAGAGGGAGGGACUCGGCACCCAGCCUCAGCACUACGCAAGGGGGAGCAGGCCCACUCCUCGGCAAAUGCAGUCCUGCCAUUGUACCUGAAGUCAUGGACUUGCCACCCAAACGAGAGGAGAAGAAGAUGAGAGCAGCCAGAGCCAAGUUCAAUUUUCAAGCACAGUCUCCCAAAGAGCUGACCUUGCAGAAGGGGGAUGUGGUUUACAUCCACAGGCAGGUGGAUGCCAACUGGUUUGAAGGGGAGCAUCAUGGGAGAGCUGGCAUCUUUCCAACCAGCUAUGUGGAGAUCAUCCCCCCAACAGAAAAGCCCACGCCCAUCAAGUCGCCAGCCGUCCAGGUGCUGGAGUACGGGGAAGCCGUGGCUCUCUUCACCUUCGCUGCCGACCUGCCUGUGGAGCUGUCCUUCCGCAAGGGGGAGCGAAUAACUGUGACCCGUCGUGUAGAUGACAGCUGGCUGGAGGGCCGGAUCCAGGGCACCUCCCGCAGUGGCAUUUUCCCUGCAAACUACGUGCAGGUGAUCAAAAUGCCACGCACGAAGUCCACCGACGAUCACCCAGGCUCCCCCACCUCCCCCAUGUCACCCUCCCCGAUGAGCCCCACCCAGCCCCAGCAACCUCUUUCUCCUCGCUCUCCCAAUCCCCCAGCUCCACUCAGCGCCCCCCGACCAAGCCCUGACCCUCGCCACUCCCCCUCUGGGCAGCAGAGUCCUUCCGGGUUGCGUUUCCCCCAGUCCCUGUCCUCCCCAGCUCCUGCUGAUGGAGCGACAGUUUUCUGGCCCCAUUCCCCACAGUCCCCCCCCCCUUCCCUGCCACAGCCUGGCCCCUCCCAGCCUUCUUCUCAGACCUCCCUUUCCAAGCCUGCCUCUUCCCAUUGGACCAAGUCCACCUCUAGCCCUGCCUCCUCCCCGCCACAGACAGGACCAUCCUCCAAUCACUGGGGUGGGAGCCACCCUACAGGCCACACCCCCUUGAACAGGCAAGCUGGUGCUCCCUUGUCACCAUCCAGUCCAUUUCCAGUGUCUUCCCAGUGGGCGGGUACAACGUCAAGCAACAUCCCCAAGCAGGAUGGGUUACCUUCUAACUCCAUCCAGGGCAGUUCCAAGUCUUCAGCCAUACCACAGAUACCACCCCAUCCUGGUCCAUUGCAGCUCCAGAGGCAACCGUAUAAAGCAGUUUACAACUACAAACCCCAGAAUAGAGAUGAGCUGGAGCUGUGGGAAGGAGACAUUGUGCAGGUGAUGGAAAAGUGUGAUGACGGCUGGUUUGUAGGUACAUCAGAGAGGACUCGAGCUUUUGGAACUUUUCCAGGCAACUAUGUGGCUCCUGUCUAACUGCAUAAGGGCACCCUACAGAGGACUGCCGCUUGUUGCCAAUCGUAAUGCCAAUGAGCUUUAUCCCUGGAGAGGACUGAAGAAUACGGAUAAGAGUCCAAUGUGCUUUGAGAGAAUUGCAGCUUGUUGCUGACAGAUACAGUGACCACUAAUGAAUGCAUUCAGUACCCUGUCCUUGAUUCACCCUGUUUCUACACCCUUUGCAGACUAAGUUAACCAUGCAUCAGACCUGGAACCUUUCAGUUAUUGCUGCACUUGUUUAACCUGUUUCAACCUAAACCUAUUCAGAGAAUAAUUUUGUUCAAUGUAAUUCUUACUGGCCUUGAUGGAUAUGAAGAAGAGGUGAAGAUUGAGUCACAUCAUCAAGGAUUAAAUAUUCUCACGUUUACAAAAAAGUCCUUUGUACAGUACAAGCCACACAUGGAUCCCGCCUUAUCCUGGCUGACUGUGGAUUCUUCUACAAACAAGUCAGUUCAAAGAGAUAUGCAGCAGAGCCAGAUUUUGGCUGGCUGUCUUGGCUGCAGAUGAUUCCAUGCCUGACUGAUGUACAGCAAAACCUGACAAGCUUUUCUACAUUUGUAGACCACCUCAAUAUCCUCAGUAUGUUACUCUUUUUGCCAUCAGCAGUGAUUAGUGCCACAGAGAAAUGUCCCAGUAACUUGAAUUUGCAGAAAGGAGAAAACGAUUCAUCCCAAUGAUUGCUGAUCUGGCUCUUCUGAAAAUAUUAGAACAUCUUUGAACUGAUUUUUGAAGAACAGCAAUUAAUCAGAGAGUGUGACUUGGCAUUCUUCUAUACCUGCCCCCUAUACCAGUUCUUGUUUGUACUGAGUCUUCCCCGUCAGCCUUCACUUAAAGGUGAGCAUUUUCAUUAGGUUAAGCUUAAUGCAGAGCCAAAGACACUGCAAAGCAGUGAAAGAAGUUCCGAAGUGGUUGAAUGAAAGUAAUGUUUUCAGGUACUGACUUUUGUAGAACUUUCAGCCAUUUAAAGUAGAAAUAUACAGAAGAACACUCAAAUUGUUUACAUUCAGUCUUCUGGAGAAAGAAUUGCCUUGGACAUUGCCAGAUGCACUUUGAACUAAUGUGGCAAGAUGGGCAGGAAGCUCAGAAUCCAGAUUAGAUGACUGAAUGUUUUAAGUAAUGUCUUCAUAUAAUUAUCUGGCGCAGUUUGUCUCUCUAACAGAAUGACUGAGCGAGGGGAAAUUGGACAAGGAAGUGUGCAGCAGCCUUAGAACACCUUUGACAUUUUCCUAGAUCAUGGUGGAAAAAUGACAGGAAACAGGUGACUGGUGCUACGAAUACCUACAGUAGCACUAAAAUAUUGUAGAACGAGCAAUUCAGGGAAUAAUCACUGCCUACGUGUUCAAAAGUAAAGGGACUUUAAACCAUUGUAUUGAAAAAAAGCAACCUGUGAAUCGAACGUUCAGUAUAUCCCGCUAAUCUACUUGAUAGAUCCUGUUAAAUUGAUCCAUUUAGCAAAUGUGUUCUUCAUGCUGACAAGAAAAUACUGUUGGCCCUUUUUGGUUCAACUUAUAUUUUUUAACACCACACCAGCUUUCUUUGCCUGUGGAUACUGAGACGGUGCUAAGUCAGCUCUAACUUUUUUUUCUCUCGGAUUUCUGAGGCUGCUCACCUUUUCGGCUGGUUUAUGCCGCUGCCUGGGAUACUGGGAUAUGGAAGAAUAAGCAAAGUUGCUCAGAUGUAAUAAAGAACAGUUGAAAACAAGAGGCCUUUCUGUGUGUCAGAGCACAAAAAAGCCUUGCACACUGUUCCGUCCCCCAGUGAGCUGGAUGUCUUUCAAAGCUCCGUGGCCUUGUCUUUAUGAACAGCGUUAUUCAAAUUGUUAUUUUUUAUUUUCAGUCUUCUUGUGUAUUACACAUACACCAGCCAUAUAAUAACAGAUCCCAUUGUGAAGUACAGUUUUCAAGGAUGCCUUUUCAGUGUUGCCCACUGUUGACUGUGCCCGUGAACUGUAGGAUACCUAUGUCUCUUUUUUGCAGUUUAACUGCAUUUUCAGAGGAAAUGGAAAACUGCAAAAGUCUAAAAAUAAUGCAAGACCACAUUGAUGUGUAGUGGUAAGUUAAUAUGGGUCACCUGUUCACAGGAAAUGAAGAUCACAGAAAAGUACAGGCAGACUAGGGUCAUUAUUAUACCAGAUAUGCUGUAGCACAGACACUGCUUUGUUAA